GGAGACUGGACUGGGGAUAGGGGAUCUAGAUGCGGGUGGAGCUCCCAGCCUGAGCUCUGGCAGCCCCUGGGCCCCAGGUGGAGAGGUGGCCAGGCACCCUGUGUGGUCCCCGGGAACAGUAGCACCUGAGGGAUGAGAGCUUGCUGCACAAAACCUGGGCGUCUGUCCUGGGGAAGAUACUGCACCAAGCAAUGCGCACCAGGCAGGGAGGGCCCCAUGCGGGGGCUGAGUGUCUGACCCCAGUGGGAUGACUAAGUUAGUCUUGGCUGUGAGCAGGCGAGGUGGGAGCGCGCCAAGUUAUGAAAUGCUGAUUGCUGUGCAGGAGUGGAGCAUCUGGGGUCCUGCCUGGGGGCCGGAGGGGCGUGCCCGGUGCCUGAUAAAAGGGGUUGCUCAGCGCGGGGACUGUUUUCUCAGUGUCCUGCCUGCGGCACUUCUCGAGGGUGGGCAGCCUUCAGGGUGUCAAGAAGGCUCCGGAGCAGAGAUUUAAUCCUCCCACUUGGAGACGCUCAGGGUAGGAAGGGGACUGAGUCACAGCCCUAGUAUGGCCACCGCGGCGUGCGAGCCUGUGGCUAGACCCAGCCUGACCUCCAUUUCGUCCGGAGAGCUCCGCAGCCUGUGGACCUGCGACUGUGAGCUGGCCCUGUUGCCCCUGUCGCAGCUGCUCCGCCUACAGCCUGGUGUCUUCCAGCUGCGUGGUGAGCAGCUCCUGGUACUCGGGCCCGGGGAACCCGCGGACGUGCGAGGGGGUUUCAAUGUCUUCGGGGACGGCCUCGUGAACUUCGACGGGCAGCUCUACCGCCUUAGCAGCUACAUCAAAAGAUAUGUGGAACUGACCACCUACUCUGAUUAUAAAGACUACAGGGAGACAAUCUUGAGCAAGCCCAUGCUAUUCUUCAUUAACGUGCAGGCCAAAAAGGACACCUCAAAAGAAAGGACCUUUGCGUUUCUUGUGAACACAAGGCACCCCAAGAUAAGAAGACAGAUAGAGCAAGGGAUGGACAUGGCCAUCUCCUCGGUGAUCGGAGAAAGCUAUAGACUUCAGUUUGAUUUCCAGGAAGUAGUAAGGAAUUUCUUCCUUCCGGGAACUAAAGUGCUGAAUGGAGAGAAUUUGAGUUUCGCCUACGAAUUCAAGGCAGAUGCCCUAUUUGAUUUCCUUUACUGGUUUGGGCUCAGCAAUUCUACCGUAAAAGUGCAAGGAAAGGUUCUCAACUUGACAAGCAUGAACCCAGAAAAGAAAGAAACCAUUAAGUUAUUUCUGGAGAAAAUGAGCGAACCGUUAAUCCGGAGGAGCAGUUUCUCUGACCGCAAAUUUAGUGUCACAUCUAGAGGUUCAAUAGACGAUGUCUUUAACUGCAACCUGUCACCCAGAUCGUCGGUUACAGAGCCACUCUUGGCAGAAUUAUCAUUUCCAAGUGUUCUGGAAUCUGAAGAGUCAUCCAGCCAAUUUAUCUGAUUGGUCUGAACAUUCUAGCUGUCGCCCUUUGGAGGCCUGUGGCAGACAGCGGGUUGAAGGGGUAAGAGGUGGGAACUUCCAACCCUUUGCCAGUCCCUGGUCCUCCAAGGCUCUACAGAAGCCAGUUUCCCCACUUCCCUGGGCAUGGUGCCCUGGCUGGCCCAGUGCAGCUGCCUCCCAUCAGGGUUAUGAUUAUAGGAUGGAAGGGCCUUGUCCCUAUGGCACAGGGUGCCACCGACAUGGAACCUUCUCUGAAGAAUCUGAGCGAGUCUCCAGGGCCUACCACCCUGAACUUUGCCUAGCAGCCUGGCACUCUGGGGACUUUCCUGGCAACUUUUGUGGGAAGCACUUGACUCUCUGCUUGGGGCACACCUUGAGACUCACUGCCCCAGCAGGCCUGACUCAAACUCUCCUCUUGCAAGUGUGUUAGGCAAAGCCUGUGCCACACUUCACUUGGAGGCAAGUAUGGUUUUCAUCCCACCCAUGGGAGACCUCGAGGACAUUCAAGAUACUGGCUGCUGAAGGAUCUGCAGGAUGCCAGGAUGAACCGUGUCUGGAAUGUAAAGGCCAGGUGGUAGCAGCAAUCAGCAAGUGACAAGAUCAUGCCCACCUCCCUGCAGGCACACCAUGCAAGUUGGCAUUCGGAAUACGCUUUUAGCAAUCUUAACACAGAAAGGAAAGUAAGCCAUUAACAAAGUACAUCGAACACCAGUGAACUUUCUGCCCACAGCUCCAAUGGGACUCACUUAAAGGCAAACAUUAUCCAAUCUACAUGUAAAUGUUUAUGUGACUGGCCAGGCAUGGUGCACACCUGUGAUCCCAGCACUUUGGAGCUGGAGGCAGUAGAAUCAGGAGUUCAGGAUUACUCUGACUUCAUAGGGAAUUCCAGGCCAGCCUGGGCUAUUACUACAAAAGAUUCAGUCUCAUAAAAUCAAAGUUUUGCAUUUGUGGAUUCCUGCAAAGAGUCAUAAGAAAGCAGACUUAUGGGCCCUGUGUACCAUUUUUUCUAUCCUUUAAUAACAAGUUCCCAUGCUACAUAUUUUGAUAACACUACUGAUGACCUGGUAUUUACAUCUGAAAGUUUAUCUAGUGCAUACGCACAAUUAAAACUUUUCUUGGCAGUCA